AUAUAAAAACAUUAAACAACUUUGAAAUAUUAGGGAAAAUGAGAAAUGGUUCUUAAAGUUCAAAAUCCAAACAAUGUUAAGGUGUAUACGGUUUGUGGAGAAGGAGCAUCUAGAUCUUUACCGGAAUGGUUUAUUAGAAAAAAGAAAAAAGAGUUAAAAAAAGAUCCAGAAUGGACAUCUAGGAUUGAACUUUUACAAGAUUUUGAGUUUCCAGAAGCAAGCAAUAAAAUCAAAGUAACACCAGAUAAGAAAUAUACUAUUGCAACAGGGACAUAUAAGCCUCAUAUGAAAGUCUAUGAGUUUUCAGAAAUGUCAAUGAAAUUUAGUAGAUAUACGAAUGCAGAGAAUGUGAAUUUUGAAAUUUUAUCAAGUGAUUGGACCAAAACGGUUCAUUUGCAACAAGAUCGUUCUAUAGAAUUCCAUACACAAGGAGGGAUGCAUUAUCGUCUUCGAAUUCCUAAGUUUGGAAGGGAUAUGGGGUAUCAUUUUCCUACAUGUGAUUUAUUGAUUGCAGCAUCUGGAGAUGAAGUGUAUAGAUUGAAUCUUGAUCAAGGACGUUUUUUACGUCCUUUUAAGAUAGAUAGUUUAGCGGAUGAUGGAGAAGGAACAAAUAAAAUGGGAGUUAAUACUGUAAAUAUUAAUCCAAUACAUCAACUUUUUGCAUUUGGAACAGAUAAUGGAACGGUUGAAUUUUGGGAUCCUAGAUAUAGGUCAAAAAUUACUACAUUAGAUGUUUGUGCAUCAUUGAAUCCUUUAUUUCAUAAAAAAAUAGCCGAAAUAACAGCUACUAGCUUUAGACAUGAUGGAUUAACGUUUUCUGCAGGCACAUCAACAGGAAUUGUAUUAUUAUAUGAUUUAAGAAGCCCUCAAGUUUUGUUACAAAAAGAUCAAGGAUAUGAUAGUCCAAUAAAAUCUAUAAAUUGGCUAAAAUCAAAUGAUUCAGCCUCGCAAUUAAUUUUAACAUCUGAUAAAAAGAUUAUAAAAAUAUGGGAUAAAAAUUCAGGAAAUCCAUUUACAUCAAUUGAACCAUCUGUUGAUAUUAAUGAUGUAUGUCCUUUAGAUUUUACAGGUAUGAUAUUCGUUGCUAAUGAAGGUGUUCCAAUGCACAUAUAUUAUAUUCCUGCUUUAGGACCUGCUCCUUCAUGGUGUUCUUUCUUGGAUAAUUUAACAGAAGAAAUGGAAGAAAAUCCAAUUGGAAAUAUUUAUGAGAAUUAUAAAUUUUUGACAAAAAAUGAAUUAAAAUCUCUUGGUUUAGAUCAUCUUAUUGGUUCCAACAUAGUUCGUAGUUACAUGCAUGGGUUUUUCAUUGAUUUUCGUCUUUAUGAAACGGCAAAAAGUAUUAUGAAUCCUUUUGCAUAUGUAGAAUAUCGUGAAAAAGCUAUCAAGGAUAAAAUUGAAAAAGAAAGACAAUCUCGUAUACGUUCUUCAACAAAACUUACUAAAAUUAACCAUAAUUUGGCCCAACAUCUAUUACAUAAAGAAGAAAAAGAAAGGAAGAAAAAUAAAGGCAAAGGUGGACCUAGUAUUCUUGAAGAUGAACGUUUUAAGGAUGUUUUUAAUGAUCCUGAAUAUGAAAUUGAUGAGAAUACUGUAGAAUUUAUGCAAUUAAAUCCUGUACAAUCUACAAAAAAAUAUGAAAAUUCAAAAGCCAUAAGUAGUUCAGAAAGUGAUAAAGCAUCUAUUGCAUAUUCAUUUUCUGAAACAGAUGACAAUUCUGAUCAAAGCGAGGAUGCAGAUUCUUAUCAGAAACCAAAAAAUAUAAAAUUAAAAGACGAAGACCAAGAAACAAGAAUGAAAAUAAUUGAAUAUUAUCAACCAUCAUUUAAUACAACACAAAAUGAAUCAUUUGAAACAUUAAUCAAAAUGCAUGAACAAAACAAAGAAACGGAAAAAAAAAAUGGUUUAAUCAUUAAUAAUAUUAAAGGAAAUAUAAAUGGCACAGGAAAUAUGGAAAUGACAUUUUCAAUACCUAAAAAUAAUAAUAAUAAUAAUUUAAAAAACAAACAUUCUACAUUAGAAACAAACGAUAAUAAUUUAAAACAAGCAACUCGACGACGUGCAAGCAAAAAUGCAUUUCGAAAAUUGUAAAUAAAAUAUUAUACAUCAUAUUAUAAUUUUUUCACAAUUAUACAUUUACAAUA